UGACUCAUAUCUUGACUUUUGCAUGUACAAAAUGUCUAUUAUUCCAUGCAAGGGCACGUUUUUGUCUGUCAAUCGCUAGGGGACUCCAGUGCGGUGAAGCACGGACACACACUCACUCACACUGAGUCACACAGUCAGCUAGAUUAAUGUACCGCUCAGCAUGUUGCAGCAGCAACAGCCCAUCACAGGCAACGGGCCCAGCGCAAGCCGCGGCCUCGGGUUGAGCGCGCACACCGGAAUGCACCCCCUCAACCCGUUGCACCCGCCCUCGCAACACCGCGCCGACCGAGGAGACCCCGGGGGCCACGAAGGCACCGAAAACGGACACGACAACCGCCGGGACAUCGGGGAUAUUUUACAACAGAUCAUGACCAUCACCGACCAAAGUUUAGACGAAGCUCAAGCAAAAAAACACGCUUUAAACUGUCAUCGGAUGAAACCGGCUUUAUUCAGUGUGCUGUGUGAAAUAAAAGAGAAAACUGGUCUUUCCAUGAGAAAUGCUCAGGAAGAGGAUCCUCCAGACUCACAGCUCGUACGAUUGGACAAUAUGCUGCUAGCCGAAGGUGUAGCCGGUCCAGAAAAUGGGGGCGGAGCCGCUGCGGCGGUAUCUGCCGCGACCAGCUCUGGCGGGAUGUCACCUGACAGCUCUUUGGAGCACUCCGACUAUAAAAGCAAGUUGAGCCAAAUUCGGAACAUUUACCACACAGAGCUGGAAAAAUACGAGCAGGCCUGCAGUGAGUUCACCACACACGUUAUGAACCUGCUGAGAGAACAGUCUCGCACCCGGCCCGUGUCUCCCCGUGAGAUUGAGCGUAUGGUGGCUAUCAUCCAUCGCAAGUUCAGCUCCAUACAGACGCAGCUCAAACAAAGCACCUGUGAAGCCGUUAUGAUACUGCGCUCACGAUUUCUGGAUGCCAGGCGUAAACGACGUAAUUUUAGCAAACAGGCCACGGAAGUCCUGAACGAAUACUUUUAUUCACAUCUCUCGAACCCGUACCCAAGUGAAGAAGCCAAAGAGGAGCUGGCCAAGAACUGUGCCAUCACCGUUUCUCAGGUGUCCAACUGGUUUGGCAACAAGAGGAUUCGCUAUAAGAAGAACAUUGGGAAGUUCCAGGAAGAGGCCAAUCUGUACGCCAUGAAGACGGCAUUAGGAGCGACACAGAGCGAGGAAUCGCCCCACACUCCAAACUCUACUGGCUCAGGGUCAUUUUCGCUCUCGGGGUCAGCUGACUGCUUCUUAGGAGGUCCUCCAAUGAAUGGGGAGCAGCCUCCCUAUCACAUGAGCGCUCAGACUAAUGGUAACUGGCAAGAUCAAAACACGCCACCCUCUGCCACCUCACCCGGAAGCGAUCACUCUGACAACUCUGACUGAUGAACUUGACUCCAUCCAUUGACGACUGGCUCAGAUUUGGAGGACUACAGUAAUGAAGAAAGAAUGAUGGUCACUCUAUUACCUAACUGCAGUUUUUUUUAUAUAUAUAUAUAUAUAUAUAUAUAUAUAUAUAUAUAUAUAUCUCAUUAUUGUACUUUUCAUUGGGCCUCAUUUAUCAAACACAAGCAGGAUUAAUUUUAGUAGUUUGUAGAACCAUUCUUACAAAUUUUCACAUUCAGUUCAGCGUGAAUGGAACAAAGUUUUGUGUAAAUCGUAACACUAUUCUUAUAUUUUCACAUUCAACUUAGUACGGAACAAAUUUGUGGAAAUCGUUGGCAAAAUCAUACUUGAAUACAUUUUUGCUUUCAAUUUAGUGGAAUUGGAGUUGAAAUAAUUUCUUGUGUGAAUCGGAAAACAACUAUGUAAAUUGUCGCAUUGUUAAAUGCAAGCAGAUUGAAUUUGGGUAAAUUAGUCAUAAAACCAUUCAUACAUAAAAUGACACAUUUAAUUUAAUGUGAGAUAAAUCGUUUGUAAAAACAUUCAUACAUACAUUUUCGAAUUCAAUUAAAUGCAAGCGCGUUUCUGUGUAAAUCGGUCAUAAAAUGAUUUUCACGUAAAUUUUCACAUUUAAUCAAAUGCGAGCGAGUAAGGCGAACGUGUAAUUCACGCAAAGCCAUUUUUGUUUACGUUUUGACAUUUAAUUCAAUGCGUGCAGAGCAAAUUUCUGUGUAAAUUGUUCAGAAAACCAUUCUUACAUAAAGCUCAUAUUGAAUUAAAUGUGAGCAGAGCGAAUUUAUGUAAAUUGCUCACAAAGCCAUUCUUGCGUGAAUUUACGCAUUUAUUUAAAUGUGAUCAGAGCAAAUUUUUUGGUCAGUUGUUCAUAAAACCAUUCUUGCUUAAAUGUUUGCAUUUAGUUAGGUGCGAGCAGAACAAUUUUCUGUAUAAAUCGCUCAAACUAUUCUAACGUAAAUUUCGUUCAGAUCAAUUCAAGAAGAAUGAAUUUCAGUGAAGAUUGUUUGUAAAACAAUUCUUACGUAUAUUCUAAUGGAAUUAAAUUAGUUUACAAAAUAUUUUUUUAAUUUAUUUAUUUUUUUAACAAUUUACCCACAUUCAUUCUGCUCAUGUUUCAUGAAUUGUGUCCCAUUGACCGUUUGGAGUGAGUUCCAGUGUAUUUGCGUGAGAAAGAAGGGCUGAAUGACGAAACGUUUUUUAGUUGCCAUGUAUUUUCUUUUAUUUACUUUUACACUACACAACUUUCACUUUGUUACUGCAAUAUCUGGGUGUUGAAAGAGGGAGUUUUUUAAAAUGCAUUAAGACUGCUUUCAUUAUAUCUAUAUUAUUAUUGUUAUUAUCACUGCUCUAUAUAUUGUUUAUUAAAAGCUCUGAUAGAAUUGGCUUGGGUGAAGGGGGGGCAAUAGAGAAAAAUCCAAAGAUUGUUUUUGUGUGAGUGUGUGCGUUUCUCUUUUUUACUGGGUUUGUGUAAGUACCAGUUAUAUGAAUGAGGUGUGUUUGCUCUUUAUUUACAGUUUGAAUGAGUAUCAACAGUGCUGUCUUUUUCUCUGUACAGUGAAACAGCUGUAUUCUCUACCUCUUUUACAAUAAAGACUGUCUGUGUGCA